CUGGCUGGGCCUCCGGCCUCGGCGGGAGGGAGUCGGCACCGUCCAUUGUUGCCUGGAGGGGUAAGGGUGGGCGUGGCAGAGCCGCCCCUCCUCCCGGAGCACUCCCGGGCCGACCUAGCCCGCUCACCCUGCAGGAGCUGGGGCGCCGAGAUGAGCGGGGAAGAGAACCCAGCCAGCAAGCCCACGCCGGUGCAGGACGUGCAGGGCGACGGGCGCUGGAUGUCCCUGCACCAUCGGUUCGUGGCGGACAGCAAGGAUAAGGAACCCGAAGUUGUCUUCAUCGGGGACUCUCUGGUCCAGCUGAUGCACCAAUGUGAGAUCUGGCGGGAGCUCUUCUCUCCUCUGCACGCGCUUAACUUUGGCAUUGGUGGUGACAGCACACAGCACGUACUGUGGCGGCUGGAGAAUGGGGAGCUGGAACACAUCCGGCCCAAGAUCGUGGUGGUCUGGGUGGGCACCAACAACCACGGGCACACAGCAGAGCAGGUGACCGGUGGCAUCAAGGCCAUCGUGCAGCUGGUGAACCAGCGGCAGCCGCAGGCCCGGGUCGUGGUGCUGGGCCUGCUUCCGAGGGGCCAGCACCCCAACCCGCUUCGGGAGAAGAACCGACGGGUGAAUGAGCUGGUCCGGACCGCACUAGCAGGCCACCCACGGGCUCACUUCCUGGAUGCUGACCCCGGCUUUGUGCACUCAGAUGGCACCAUAAGCCACCAUGACAUGUACGAUUACCUGCAUCUGAGCCGCCUGGGCUACACACCCGUCUGCCGGGCCCUGCACUCCCUGCUUCUUCGUCUGCUGGCCCAAGACCAGGGCCAGGGUGUUCCUCCAUCAGAGCCCACGCCCUAGGCAUCCCGUCUUUCCACAACAUUAAAUUCUCCUUCCUCA